AUGAUCUUCCUGCCCUCGCCAAGUUCUCCCCGACGAUCCAGCUCUCGUCAAGCCCCGCUCUCGGGUCGGAUCGACCCUAAGAUCCAGGCCGACGCUGAGAGGCGGAACCGCCUGCUCGAGAAAGAGGAGAAACGCUACCGGAUCCUCCACAAGAACUGGCGCCGCUCUGAUCAAGCUCCUCCGGCCUCUGUCCCGACCCCGUUACCGACUCCGUCUCCGUCGUUUCAGUCCAAGUCUCCGUCUGCCAAGAAAGGGAUUCUUCUCGAAGAAAGAGGCCCACACCCUACCUUCGAGCCGACCCGGACCCCAUCGUACCGCACGCCCGUUAAGUAUCUGCCUCUAGAAAGAGACUGUCGAUCACCUCCGGAGAUAGACUUCAUCGAGCCCGAUCCGAGUCCGCACGCCGCUUCUGUCCUCUUCGCUCCGAAACCGAACACGACCGCCCGCCGCUUCUGCAUCGACUACCGUUGGAUGAACGAUCAUCUUAAAAGUCGCAUCACGCCCGCUCCGUCCCUCGAAGGUACUGCUUUCGGUUGCCGUGAAGCUCAACGCUUCACGAAGAUCGAUGUGAUCCAGGCCUUCCACCGUCUCCUCCUCCCGUUCGGUCUGAAGGUAGGUCCCGCCUGGUUCCAGCAGUUUAUCAACGCGCAGCUUCACGAUCUCCUCGACCGGUGCGCCAGCGCCUACGCAGAUGACGUCCUGAUCUACUCGGAUAAAGAAGACCACUGGAAGACUGUCAAGAAGUUGACUACCUCGGCGUUCUGCUUGAAGCCGGUGUGGGCCUUAGUGUCGACCCUCGGAAAGUUCGAUCGAUACAAGACUGGAAGUUUGAAGACCUCCGAGACCGCACCGCGAUCCGAUCAUUCGUUGGCCUAUGCAACUUCAUCCGUGUUUUCUGCUACGCCUCCGGGUGGCAGAACCCUGAACCGGUUGCUUAAGAAGGAUGUUGCCUUUGUGAUGGGCCCGGAGCAACGCGAAGCAUUUGAUCAACUCAAGCGCCUGGCUAUCGAAGCCCCGGUCCUCGCCUUCUUUAGACCAGAACUGCCGACCCGACUGGAGACCGAUGCCUCCCGGAAUGCCACAGCUGGUGUUCUAUGGCAGGAACAGCCUGAUCAGACCUGGAAGCCCGUUGGAUUCUUCUCUAAGACCAUGACCCCGGCCGAGCGAGCCUACCCAAUCCAAGAUCGAGGCUCCUCGCCGUCGUACAGAGUCUAG